AUGGACUGGAUGUACAAGGGCAUCUCCGGCAUUGCCGACCGCGAGGAGUACCUGACGGGGCGGAAGAUCGACAAGACCUUUGAGAUGAUGGAGCGGGCGAGCAAUCCAAAUGCCGCCAAAGACGAGGAGGAAAGUGCGCCCAUCAACCAGCUGACCAGUGGAUCGGGCACAUUGGCGGAGGCCACCACCGUUUCAGUGAACGACCUGACGGCAAAGAUGCGCGAAGACCCGCUCUUUGCCAUUCAGAUGAAGCAGCACGAACAGCGAAAGGAGAUACUGCAGAAUCCAGUCAAGCUAAAGGCAAUUCAGGAGCUGCUGAAGACGGCGCUGAAGGAGGACAAAAAGCACAAGAGUAAGAAGAAGAAGAAGGAUAAGAAGUCAAAAAAGAAGCACAAGCAAAAGGACAAGGAAAGCCGAAGCGGAAAGUCGUCGCACUCGAAAAAGAGCCGCAAACGAGCUUCAUCAGACAGCAGUUCAGACNCUGAAGGAGGACAAAAAGCACAAAAAGAGUAA